AUAUAAUAGUCUUCUUCUCAAAGAGCAAAAGUACACCUGCACACAGAAUCUAAAUUCUAACAUUUUGAUGGUCAGAAGAUCCACGUGAUGGGGCCAUAUCUACAUCACCAUGGGAGCCAGUUGCAAGGAUCAGAAAAAGGCGUUAGCCAUUUGCCUCCAGAGAUCACCAUGCGUGUUGCUCGACCGCAACACCCCCAAGAAGUGCUUGACGGAUCCAGUAUUGAAGCGCGAGUUGCCUGAACUCUGUGUGGCCAAUCUCAAGGCGUUCAUGGAGUGCAAAAACGGUAUGUUCGACAUGAGAAAGAGAAUGCGAGGCAACGCUCCCUUGUCCACCGGAAAGUACGAUGAGACCUACGACAACUUGUCCACUGGCAACUACAACGCCGAGGAAGAAAUGAGGAAAUUGGACGUGUUGAACAGAAACUUGUCGAAACAGAGACAGUUGGCGGAGGCCGAGGAGCGUGCCAAAAUGGGUGCCGAGCCCGCUGCUUGA